GCCACCUUCUGCUCGACGAACAGACAGACACGAACUGUCAGGACUGAACUCUCCGCAGGGAAUAACACUUUCUGUCCUGCUUUCCUUCUUGGGAGGAAUUCCCUCAGAAUCAGGUAAGACUUCAGGAUAAUGUGGAUAUGACAGUGCCGACCCAACCUUGAGAAUGUAUGAGGUGAUGUCCGGUGACACCUUGUCCUGGAAGGUGCCCAGUCCAAGAAACAGUAGCACCGAGCCCGACACCGAAGCGCUCUUCACUGAGGACAGAGGACCCUCCAAGAUCCUCAAAGUGUGCUUCUGCACCAACAAUAACCUGGGCAAGAACUUCAAGCUGGUCAAAUGUGACAGUUCAUGGCAAAUUAGGGCAAUCAUUCGUUCAAUUCUGAUCAGCGGUCGACUGGGGCCAAAUAUCGAACACUCAGGAUGCUACGGUCUCAUGCUGAAACACCUGAAGUCAGAAGAGCUUCACUGGCUCCAUCCAGAUCUGACUGUCGGAGAGGUAGAGCAACGCUACGAGAGCCACCAUGUGGAAGCUGAGUGGAGGUAUGACCUUCGUAUCAGAUACGUUCCUGUAAACUUCCUGGAGAAAUUCAAAAAUGACAGAUCUACGGUGAUGUAUUUUUACCAACAGGUGCGCAGCGAUUACAUGCAGUAUCAUGCCAGUAAGGUCAGUGAUGGGAUGGCCCUGCAGCUUGGUUGCUUGGAGAUCAGGAGGUUCUAUAAAGACAUGAAUGCAAAGGGUCUAGAGAAGAAGUCUAACUUUGAGCUGCUAGAAAAAGAGGUGGGCCUGGAGCUUUUCUUCCCUGUGCAGCUGAUUAACAGCAUGAAGUCCAAGCAGCUACGGAAGUUGAUCCAGCAAACAUUUCAACAGUACGCUACGCUCAAGGAGGACGACUGUAUGGUCAAGUUCUUUGAGACCCUCAAGGAGUUCGUCAGUUAUGAUGAAGAGGUCUUUCCAUGUGAACUGGUGCAAGGUUGGAGUCUGUCGGUGGAGCUGGUCAUCGGUGGGAGAGGCAUUCGCCAACGCACACAGAAGAAUUCAGCGCCUGUGUUUCUAGCCGACUUCAAGCAGAUCAAGAAAAUACAAUGCUUAUCUCAGAGCGAUGGCAAGGCCCUCAUAAACCUCGAGGUAGAGGGGGUCAGACAACGUCUGUCGGUCAAUGUGUCCACGGUCCCUAUGGCAGAGAACAUGAUGGAUCUCAUUGAUGGGUACUGCCGGUUAGAAAAUAACACAGAUGAUUCUGUUAUCUACAGAGCAAACAGAGAUGCCAAUGCACGAUGUUCCCUCCCUGAGAUUCCUACAGACAGAGACACUGGCUCCGUCAGAAACAGUAUGGGGUCAGAUAUCUACUGUGAGAUUCUCGAUGAAAGGCCCAAAUCAGUUGUGAAAUAUGGGAUUGAACGAGAAGACAUCGUUCUCGGACGAAUCCUCGGUGAAGGGUUUUUUGGAGAGGUCUACGAUGGAGUUUACAAAAAAGAAAAUGGAAACAGGGUUAACGUGGCUGUGAAGACGUGCAAAGACUAUUCACCUGAUGUGAUGGAGAAGUUCAUGAGUGAAGCAGUAAUUAUGAAGAACCUGGACCAUCCUCAUAUUGUCAAACUCAUUGGAAUCAUAGAGGAGGAUCCUGUGUGGAUUGUCAUGGAGCUUUAUGAGUAUGGAGAGCUCGGGACCUACCUAGUUCAGAACCAGAACAAGCUGACAAAUACAACUCUGGUGCUGUUCAGCCUGCAGAUCUGCAAAGCCCUAGUCUACCUCGAAGGGGUCAACAUGGUACACAGAGACAUCGCGGUUCGUAAUGUGUUAGUCGCCAAUCCAGAAUGUGUGAAGCUUGGAGACUUUGGUCUGUCCAGAUACAUAGAGGAUGAAGAAUACUACAAAGCGUCUGUUACCCGAUUACCAAUCAAGUGGAUGGCUCCAGAGUCCAUCAACUUCAGACGUUUCACCUCGGCCAGUGAUGUCUGGAUGUUUGCUGUGUGUGUGUGGGAGAUAAUGAGUCGUGGGCAGCAGCCGUUUUUCUGGCUGGAGAACAGAGAUGUGAUCACCCAACUGGAGCAGGGAAUCAGGCUGCCCAAGCCAGACGACUGCCCUCCUGCCUUCUACUCACUCAUGACCCGCUGCUGGUCCUACGACCACAGAGAGAGACCCACCUUCACUGAGCUGGUGGUCAAGAUCAGUGAUGUCCACAAGAUGGAGAAGGAGCAGGAAAUGGAGAGAGAGAGGGACCGAGCGCGCUCCACAAAAUUUUUUGACACAAAGUUCAACCUCAAUGAGCCUCCUCCCAAGCCUUCAAGAAUGAAACCAGGGCGGUUUGGGAACACGCUCAGUAUUGGUCUGCACAUUCAGCUGAAUGAGGCUUUGUGUGCCAGCUCACCUGACCUGGCCAGUCCAUCUGAAUAUCAGUCUCCUGUCGACUCCAUGAACACUCUCGCGUUGCCGGUUAAGUCCCCUCGACGUCGCAGUAUGGGGGAGGGCGAGUUCUUCCGAGUGGAACCAAACAGCAAGGAGGCCGCCCAGCGGCUGUGGCAGAAGGAGAGACAGAACAUGCAGGACACUCUCCGCCAGCAGAAAGAGCAGAUGAUGGAGGAUAAAAAGUGGCUGCAGAAGGAGGAGAAACUCCUGGACCCCAUGGGACCAGAGGACACCGCCGGCCCAGUGUCCCCUGAAGCUGGCGCUGAACAUGCACCGCCAGAGAAGCCCCCGCGGCUCACAGCACAGCCUGCGCCCACAGCCGAGCUGGACCGAUCUGAUGACAAAGUCUAUCAGUUCGUUAUGGAUCUGGUCAAAGUGGUUGUCCAACUCAAGAAUGACAUCACUGAGCUGCAGCCAGAACAAUAUAUUAGCAUUGUCAAGUCUGUAGGGAUGGCCUUAAGAGAUCUGAUUCGCAGUGUGGAUGACAUACUGCCCACUCUACACGAGUCUGUCAGGACUGAGAUCGAGGGCACCCAGAAGCUCCUGAACAACGACAUGGCGGAGCUGAUCAGCAAAAUGCGGCUGGCCCAGCAGAAUGCCAUUACCUCUCUGAAGGAGGAGUGUAAGAAACAGAUGCUGGCGGCAGCUCACAAUCUCGCUAUGGACAGCAAGAACAUGUUGGAUGCAGUGGAUCAAGCGAGGGUCAGGGCCAACUUAGCCAAGCCUGUGGCACCCUAAUGGACUGUAAACUCUCCUGUUCAGUUUACACAUCAAGCUUAAAUCAUCUGUCAGUCAUAAAUUACAUUUGCACAUUUUUGUUGUGAUUAAAUAACAAGCCACAAGUUCUCUGGACAGUCGUCAUACCUGUAAAUGUGUGUCAUUACUAAUGAAUACAAUACUACAACUCAGCUGUAAAUUUCCCCACUAAAUAAGUAUAUACAUUGUAUAUACUGAAAUCAUAUAUAUUAUUAAAUGACGGUCUAGAAUUGAUAGAUUAAUGUCAAGCAUCAUAUUUAGUGGGAUGAAAGUUCUGAUAAACUUAAUUAUCCCUUGUGAUUGAUGAGUUAUUAAAUUAUCUGCUCAAAAAUAUUAGUUACCCUUGUAAAUACAAAACAUGUCUCAUGACAAAUACGUUAUACAGCAGAGAAAAGAAAAAGUUAUGUAAUGCAGAUGGUUCACUCUUGUAAUCCUGAGUGAAAAGUAAAAAUAGACAAAACCAAAAUGUCUGCCUGCCAUUCAGCUGUUCAACAAUGUUUUGUAUAUCCAGACAUAUAUGAUGUUUGACCAUGAUUCAUUAUGUUAAAACAAUGAAGACAACAAUGGUAUGGAUAAUUAAUCAUCAGCAAUGUUUCAGGUACCUGUUAUCAUUGUUUUGAAAUAUGAAAUUCUCGUACGUAAUUCAAGUGAUAUAACAGUAAAUAUCGUGAUGUAUGCUACAGUACUUUAAUUCCUGUUGAUAAACCAUGUUUAUUGAAACAUCUUGUGGAGUAUGAAAAUGUAGAUGUUUUGUGUUUCCUAAACUCAAUGUGAAUUUUUUUUUCUUAUCACAAUGAACACAAGCAAAAGUUUGUGUGUUAAGUAUCCACGUAUACUCAUUUGGGAAAUCCUCACAAAAUCUAACAAAACAUUUCUGGAAAAUUGACAAUGUGUUUUCAUUUUGUCUGUACUCGUUUUGCACUAUAACACGAGUGUAUCAACAUUUUUGUGCGUUUCAACAUACAGUACACAUUUUGACAUGGUAGGAAUAGUCAAUGAUGUCUGUGUAGCUACAUAAAGUUCUGAUAACC